AUGGACAAAAGUAAAAGUGCACCUUCUCGAAGAUUGGAUUUUGAGUUCGAUGAUUACUCAUCAUAUUAUUUCCCAAUAGAGAAUGGAGAAAACAGAGAUAAACAAUAUGACUUCUUGUCUGUGGAUGGUGAAGAUGGAGAUGGACAUUAUGAUUUCAAAUAUAGUGAAAACCCCGCAAGUGAAGGAAAUAGAGAUGGACAACUUGAACCACGUCAUGCAGAAAAACCUACAGUUGAAAGAAAGAGUGUCGGUCUAGAAGCAAAAACUCCAUUAUUGGGCAUGAAGUUUGAAAGUGAAGAAGAUGCUUAUCUGUUUUACAAUGAAUAUGCGAGCCUAGCUGGUUUUAGUAUAAGAAGACACACGGCUCACAAAAACAAAGAUGGCAAGAUUCUUGAUCGGGUAUUUUGUUGUGCAUGUCAGGGUAAAAAGGAACAAGAUAAAAGGGUCGUGAAUGUCAAGUUUCAUCAUAUAGAAAUAAGAACCGGAUGUGGCGCAUUAAUGAAAAUCAGUUCACGUCGUUCAGGUAAAUAUGAGAUUGUCAAGUUUGUCUCUGAUCAUAGUGGACACGGUUUGGUUAGUCCAAAUAAAUGCCAUAUGUUGAGGUCCCAUAGACAUAUCACUGCAGCACAGGCUGCACAAAUUGAAAGUAUAGAUAUUUCAGGGAUACCGCCAAAAGCCGGUUUAGACUAUAUGGCUCGUCAAGCAGGAGGGCGUGAGAAUGUUGGAUUCAUCAUGGAGGACUACAAGAACUACUUGCGUACAAAGAGAACUGUAGAAAUGAGAGUGGGGGACACAGGAGGAGUGCUUGAAUAUUUGCAACAAAAACAGGUUGAAGACCCAAAUUUCUUUCAUGCGAUUCAAGUUGAUAGUGAUGAUAUGAUAACAAAUGUUUUUUGGGCAGAUGGGCAAAUGAUGGUCGACUACAUGCAUUUUGGAGAUGUUGUAUGUUUUGAUACUACUUACAGGAAAAACAAAGAAGGGAGACCAUUUGCACUCUUUGUUGGUGUCAACCACCAUAAGCAAACUAUCAUUUUUGGAGCAGCAUUGUUAUAUGAUGAAACUGCUCAAACUUUUAUGUGGCUCUUUGAUACUUUUGCUAAAACUAUGUCUGCUCGCGUUUCCGGCGAGCUUCCAUUUUCGGCGUCCUCCUUCCCGACGAACCAGCAGCUCCGCCGCGUCGCUCCGACCAGACCAAGCUCUUUCACACUGCCCGCGACUGAGCAGUCCAGACCCGGCGACCAACAUAGCUCAGACCCGAACCAGCUUAAAAAUCAAGCCCAGCACCAUUUCCGACCCACCAGCUCCUCAGAUCCACCUCAAACCCGGGUCCAGCAGUCCAGAUACGUGAGAACCGACCCGGUUUGCUGCCACAGCCCCAAAAAUCCGUUGCUAGACACUCCUGCACAGCCAGUAGCUCAAGUGGCACCACUAGCCAGACAGCCAGCUGCCAUCCAGCCAGCCCUGCCAGCGCCACCUCAGCAGGCGCAGCACCGACACAAGAGGAAGUGGAGAGGUCACGACGAUAAGAGGAACCGUCGACCAGGAGCCCCAGCUCAGGCAGCACCACCGGUCCUGCAGCCCCCAGCUAUUUGCGCUACUUGUCAGCGCGCCCACCGGGGAGAGUGCCUAGCUGGGCAGGACAUUUGCUAUCGUUGCCGCAUGCCCGGUCAUAGGAUCGCAGACUGCCCAGAUCGCCCACAGCCUUAG